CAGAGAUGGCAGGCUGGGAGUAAGCAGAACCCAGCAAGGGAGCAAAAUCCCAUUUCAGGCACAAGGAGAAUGAGGGCAAGGAGUCCCACCGGGCUCACGUGGGCACUGGCAUCGCCUUUCUGCCCAGUGCAGGACGGGUAUGAGCAUCCCACAGCCAGGAGCUGGGAGAGGCAGAGGAGGCAGUAGGACCAGGAGCCUGGGGCAGGAUGAAGAUGAUGCAGAAGCUGGAUUCUCAUAGCGUGGGAAAGAAGCAAGCUGCCGGCAUUCGACCCGGGGAUUUAUGCUGCUAAUCUGAUUAGUGUAUGAUGGACGUGUCCAGUUGGAAGGAGAUGGAGGUGGCACUAGUCAGUUUUGACAACGCUGAUCAGAUCGUGGAGGAUCCCUGUUAUUCAAACGACCUCAGCCCUGCCAGCCAGUCGCGGAAAGGCCAUCCCAGCUGCGCCAACCUCCUCUCCAACUGGAGAAUCCUCAUCAACAGUGAAAACGCCAACAAUGAGACCAUUUUCUCCAGGUUCUCUGCUGAGUUCAGCGAGCACCUGGUGGGGGAGCGGGUGGGGAUGGAGGAGGGGGACCAGCGAGUCAUCAUCAACAUCGCUGGGCUGAGGUUUGAGACGCGGCUCAAGACCCUCAACCAGUUCCCGGAGACCUUGCUCGGUGACCCAGAGAAGAGGAUGCGGUACUUUGACUCCAUGAGGAAUGAAUAUUUCUUCGAUAGGAACAGGCCCAGUUUUGAUGGGAUCUUGUACUAUUACCAAUCCGGUGGGAAAAUCCGGCGUCCGGCCAACGUACCCAUAGAUGUCUUUGCUGAUGAAAUCACCUUCUAUGAGCUGGGUGACGAAGCCAUGGACCAGUUCAGGGAGGAUGAAGGGUUUAUCAAGGACCCUGAGACCCUCUUACCAACCAAUGACUUUCAUAGGCAAUUCUGGCUGCUCUUUGAGUACCCCGAAAGCUCCAGCGCGGCCAGAGGUGUAGCUUUGGUCUCUGUCCUGGUCAUUGUCAUCUCCAUCAUCAUCUUCUGCAUGGAGACCUUGCCAGAGUUCAGAGAGGAAAGGGAGUAUAAGUCCACCCAGGAGCUUUCUAGGAAUACGACGGACACCUUGCUGGCCCACAGCACCUUCACAGACCCUUUCUUUGUCAUAGAGACUGCCUGCAUCAUCUGGUUCUCCUUCGAGCUGUUCGUCCGAUUCAUCGUUUGCCCGAGCAAGACCGAGUUCUUCAAGAACAUCAUGAACAUCAUUGACAUCGUGUCCAUCAUCCCCUACUUCGUGACGCUCACCACUGAGCUGAUCCAGCAGAGCGAACUCAACGGGCAGCAGAACAUGUCCUUGGCCAUCCUGCGGAUCAUCCGCUUGGUGCGGGUCUUCCGGAUCUUCAAGCUGUCCCGGCACUCCAAGGGGCUGCAGAUCCUGGGGCAGACCCUCAAGGCCAGCAUGCGGGAGCUGGGCUUGCUCAUCUUCUUCCUCUUCAUCGGCGUCAUCCUCUUCUCCAGCGCCAUCUAUUUUGCAGAAGUGGACGAGCCGCAGUCCCAUUUCUCCAGCAUCCCCGACGGCUUCUGGUGGGCCGUGGUCACGAUGACCACCGUUGGCUAUGGAGACAUGUGCCCCACCACCUUGGGUGGGAAGAUCGUGGGCACCCUGUGCGCUAUUGCAGGAGUGCUGACCAUCGCUCUGCCCGUCCCCGUCAUCGUCUCAAACUUUAACUAUUUCUACCACAGGGAGACAGAGAAUGAAGAGAAGCAAAUUCUGCCCGGGGAGGUGGAGAGGAUACUCAACAGUGUGGUGACGGGCAACGACAGCAUGGAGUCUCUCAAUAAGACCAAUGGGGGUUACCCUCGAGACAAGGCCAAAAAGUGAUGCUUGUUUCCAUGGCAGAGCUGAGCGCUGUCAGGUGGGGUGGGCUGGAUAAGGCAUGCAACAUCCGCAAGCUGUUUUGUUGUUGUUUUUAUUUUAUUUCAUUUUAAACCAAAUGUGCUGCUGCUUUUAUUUAUUUAUUUCUUUUUUUUUUCUAGACAUUUUUCAAUCUUUGAUUUCCCGUGGCUGUUCAAAUAAAUACCAUCUUUCUUAUCUCUCUCCCCUGCCCCUUGGUCUGCUUUUUAUUACUCGAUGCUCAUCUGUUUGACAUUCAUCUUUCCUGACCACAGCAUCAGAGCGCAGCUCCCCCAUGCAUGGAGAUUUUCCCCAUUUACUGAGAGGCAAAAAGGGGAAAAAAUACAAGAAAUGCUUUCUCUGGUGCCACCCAGCUUCCCAGGGGCAGAGCUAGCCUCAUCUCCCUGCUCUUCUCAGCGCAUUAUCAAUGUUCCCUCUGCAGAUUCAGUUCCCUGGUCUGUGCUGGUGGCACAGCAGGGUGGACAAUGAUGGAUGGGACCAAGCCAGUGGGUGCAGGGAUUUGGAAAGAGAGGGAUGAGGCUGGGAUGCAGCUGUACAGCUGCCAAGGAAGGGCCGUGGCUCAGUGCCCACAGGGGUUCUGGUGGACCAGCUGAGCUCUGAGAAGGGCAGGGGGGGACUUUUAAUGCAAACAAACAUUCGACUUGUGGGUUAUCUGGUGCACGAACGCCCUUCGGGACCAAUCUCUGUGACCUUGUAGCUUUUAUUGUCACUUCUGUUGCUGCAAAUGGAGC